AUGUCUCCUCACAAGCUGGAUGGUCCGAGUAUCAAGAUUGCCAUCGAUCGCGGUGGCACUUUCACCGACUGCUUAGGUAUUGUCGAUGGUCAGGAAGAGGAGAUUGUUGUCAAGCUGCUCUCCCAAGACCCAGCCAAUUAUGCAGACGCUCCAAUUGAGGGCAUUCGCCGUAUUCUUGAGCAGGCUACAGGCAAGACAUUUCCUCGUGAUCAAAAACUCACCACUGGAGACUUCUCCAAUGUCAGCAUCCGCAUGGGAACAACGGUUGCCACGAAUGCGCUGCUCGAACGAAAGGGAGAACGUCAUGCCCUCUUGAUCACUAAGGGCUUCAAAGAUGCUCUGGUCAUCGGAACUCAAUCGCGCCCAAAACUCUUUGCUCUGAACAUCCAAAGACCGGAUGUGCUAUAUGAGGACGUUGUUGAAGUUCAAGAACGAGUCACCAUUGAGGACUACCAGCAAAAUCCUACACCCAACAAGGAAAGCCUUGAGAAGGCUCUGGGGUCUGACCCUUGCUUGAGGCGCGGUGUCAGCGGUGAAGUGGUUCGUAUCCUAGAGCCGCUUGAUGAGUCUUGCACAAGAAAGAGUCUUGAACAGCUGUAUGCAAAGGGCUACCGCUCAAUUGCAGUCUGCCUAGUCCAUUCAUAUACCUUCCAAGAGCAUGAGCUUUCAAUUGAGCGCAUUGCGAGUGAGGUCGGAUUUACGCAGAUAUCAUUGUCCAGCCAGCUGCUUCCUAUGAUCAAGAUGACCUCUCGAGGUGCCUCUGCUACUGCAGAUGCCUACCUGACACCUGUCAUUCAACGAUAUAUUGAAGGGUUCCGAUCUGGGUUCAAAGAUGGACUGCGCUCAGAAAACACACGCUGCGAGUUUAUGCAAAGUGAUGGCGGCUUGGCUAAUUUUGAAAAAUUUACCGGUCUUCGAGCAAUCUUGUCAGGCCCUGCUGGUGGUGUUGUGGGAUAUGCAGGGACAUCUUUUGACGAGACGGACCGAAAGCCUGUUAUUGGUUUUGAUAUGGGUGGAACCAGCACUGACGUCUCCCGGUAUGACGGAAAGCUGGAGCAUACCUUCGAGAACACCAUAUCUGGUGUCACAGUGAUGGCGCCUCAGCUAGAUAUCAACACAGUCGCCGCUGGUGGUGGUAGCAUUCUAUUUUGGCGCCAUGGACUCUUUGUUGUUGGCCCCGAGUCAGCAGGUGCUCAUCCUGGACCAGCUUGCUACCGCAAAGGUGGACCACUAACAGUGACGGAUGCCAAUCUCUUCCUUGGCCGUCUUCUGCCGGAAUACUUCCCCAAGAUAUUUGGCCCCAACGAGAAUGAGCCUCUUGAUGUUGAGGUAACCCGGCAAAAGUUCACUGAGCUGGCAGAUCAGAUCAAUGCAGAGACCGGCCAGAAAAAGACACCUGAGGAGAUUGCGCUCGGCUUCAUUCAAGUCGCCAACGAAUCUAUGGCGAAGCCCAUUCGUGCGCUGACAGAGGCUCGUGGAUAUGACACUUCAGCACAUAAUCUUGCAUGCUUUGGAGGUGCAGGUGGACAGCAUGCGUGUGCCAUUGCCUCAUCUCUAUCUAUUGGAACGGUUAUCAUACACAGAUAUUCGUCUAUCUUGUCAGCGUACGGAAUGGCUCUUGCGGACGUGGUCCACGAAGCCCAAGAACCAGCCUCCGGUGUUUUAGACUCAGCAGCAAUGCAAACCAUUACCCAACGUGUAACUGCACUGAGAUCUAAAGUGACUACCGCAUUGAGCUCCGAUGGAAUCGAUGAGACUCAGAUUCAGCACGAAAUCUAUCUUAACCUACGCUACCAGGGCACUGACAACACUCUUAUGGUCCUAGAGCCCGAGAAUGGAGAUUUCAUUGCAGAGUUUGUGAAGGAGCACCAGCGGGAGUUUUCAUUCACUUUUCCAGGUCGCAACAUAUUGGUAGAAGAUAUUCGUGUCCGCGGAGUUGGAAAGGCCACCUCAUUUACUCCGGAGGCUCCCCAAAAGGAACUCAAUUCAACCGCAAGCAUCCCUGUCGGCUCUGAAAGGCAAGAUGACUCUUCAUCCGUCUACUUCGCUGGUGUGGGUCAAAUGAACACGCCGGUCUUCUUCCUGAACAAUCUGCAGCCAGGAACCUUCAUCCAAGGUCCAGCGAUGAUCAUCGAUAACACCCAAACCAUUGUGGUCGAACCAAAUGCGACCGCAAAAAUCUUGUCUCGACAUGUCAUUCUGGAUGUCAAGUCUUCGAAGAAGCAAAUCGACGACGCUACGGUCGUGGAUCCAAUUAAGCUGUCCAUCUUUGGCCAUCGUUUCAUGUCGGUGGCUGAUCAGAUGAGCCGCAUGUUCCAGAAGACAUCUGUGUCAACAAAUAUCAAGGAGCGGUUGGAUUUCUCGUGCGCAGUGUUCUCGCCUGACGGAAAGCUAGUCGCAAACGCACCCAAUGUACCAGUGCACUUGGGAAGUAUGGAGUAUGCCGUUCGGUACCAGCACGAGCAAUAUGGCAGCGACUUGAAGCCUGGAGACCAUAUUUUGACAAACCAUCCUCUUGCUGGAGGCACUCAUCUCCCUGAUAUCACCAUUAUAACGCCAGUCUGGGACAGUGAAGGCAAAAAUAUCAUCUUCUACGUUGCUUCUCGUGGUCACCAUGCUGAGAUUGGUGGCAUUGCUCCUGGGUCUAUGCCUUCCAACAGUAAAAUGCUAUACGAAGAAGGUGCGAUGACGAUGGGCUUCAAGGUUGUCUCAGAAGGCCGCUUUGACGAAGCCGUGGUUCGCAAAUUCCUCUACAAUGAGCCCGCCUCAUAUCCGGGCUGCAGCGGGACACGAACUUACAAUGACAACGUCUCUGACUUGAAAGCAGCUAUCGCGGCAAAUCACAAGGGUGCGCAGCUGCUUGAGGGUCUCGUGGCUGAGAACAGCUUGAAGGUUGUCCACUUCUAUAUGGAUGCAAUCAAGCGUAACGCUGAGGUCGCUGUCCGCGAGCUUUUGAAGUCGAUUGGCCGCGAGAAUCCCGGUCAAUCUUUGAAAUUCUCCGAUUUCAUGGAUGAUGGUACUGAGAUUAGACUUGAGAUCCGCAUUGAUGCUGAAACUGGAUCAGCCGAUUUCGAUUUCACCGGAACUGGUCGUGAGACGUUCAACUGUCUCAACGCACCCAAGGCUAUUGCUCACUCAGCUAUUAUAUAUAGCUUGCGCGCUCUAAUUGACGUGGACAUUCCCCUUAACCAAGGUUGCCUUGCACCCGUCAAUGUGAUCAUCCCGCCAGGGACACUUCUCAACCCAUCCGGGCAUGCCGCUGUCUGCGCAGGAAAUCCAAUCACCUCACAGCGCAUUACGGAUGUUGUACUAGGGGCCUUUGGGGCCUGUGCUGCCUCUCAAGGUUGCUGUAACAUCAUCUCCUUCGGCAUGGGUGGAGUUGAUCCGAAGACAGGCGUUGAGAUUCCUGGAUUCGGGGUAGGAGAGACUAUCUGUGGUGGCUCUGGCGCUGGUGCGUCCUGGCAUGGCACUUCAGGCGUUCACGUCCAUAUGACCAAUACACGCAUCACCGAUGCUGAGGUCUAUGAGCUGAGAUACCCCGUGAUUCUCCGUCAAUUCUCGAUCCGUGGGGGAUCUGGUGGAGUGGGACGCUUCCGUGGCGGCGACGGCGUCAUCCGCGAGCUGGAGUUCCGUAUGCCGCUUUCUGUUUCGAUGCUUAGUGAGCGACGAGUCUACCGGCCGUACGGCUUGGGAGGAGGUGGGUCUGGCCAGGCGGGUCUGAAUCUGUAUGUCAAGAAAGAGCUGGAUGGUACGGAAAGAAUGAUCAACAUUGGUGGUAAGAUGGAGCUUGAGGUACAGCCGGGAGAGAGAAUUCUCAUUCAUACACCAGGAGGUGGUGGCUGGGGCACCCCGUCGGAGGAGAAAGAGUCAGACUCCACUCGGCAUCUUGGAAGUGCCUCAACUUUCCAGGCAAGAGGCAGUGUUUAUACUUUCAGCCAAACCGCAGAAGCUGCCUUAUGA